GAAGAACAAGCCCAGUAUGUCGCCAUGGACUGUGAAAUGGUGGGUGUGGGUGCGCUUGGUACCAAAUCCGCCUUGGCUCGCGUUGUCCUGGUCAACUGGCACGGAAAUGUGCUGUUGGAUCGCAUAAUUCGACCCGAACAAACCGUCACGGACUAUCGCACGUUUGUUUCCGGGAUCACCGAGGCUGAUCUUGCACAUGCUGGCGACUUGGAGUCAUGCCGCCAAGAAGUAAAGAACCUGCUACGUGAUCGCGUUCUGGUCGGCCACGGUUUGAAAAACGACCUGGCCGCUCUCUCUCUGCGUCAUCCUUGGCAACAAACGCGAGACACGGCCAAGUACGAGCCCUUUAUGAAAAUUCGAUUCGAAGAUGGCGUCCUCUGGCCCCGCAAACUCAAGGAUUUGUGUGCGGACAAGUUGCGAAAGACUAUCCAGGAACCAGGUAUCCCACACAGUCCGUACGAAGACGCCAUGGCAGCACUACAUCUAUACAAGCGUGUCCGUGACAAAUGGGAAAAG